GUCAUUGGUACGAUAUUUUAUACUCUUAUAGAUAUCGAAGUGUCGUAUCCAAAGAACGCAUUUAAAACUAGGCGGAAAAACUCGGGAUUGCAUUUCUGACCUUCUUCGAGUACGUUUACAAACACAAAUAUUUAUGUCAAACAAUAUGACGUGUUCUGUUAUAUUUAUAAUUGAAAAUAUUUCCAGAUCUUGUUCCGUUAAUUGUGUUGUGCCUUUUCAAUUUGUGUAUAAUUAUUUACUAGAAAAAGCAUUUAUUUAAUAUAUAAUAAAGUGUACUGUACAAAAAUGACAACAGACGCGAAAAUCAUAGAUAUCGACGUGCGUGAUUUAAGAUUUCCAAGAAGAAAAGUAAAGCGUAAUGAAAAAUCGAGUGUAAAUCCUAACUACAUCUGCAUAUACGUAACGCUCAUAACAGAUAACGUAAAAUACAAAGGAUAUGCUCUCACAUGUGAAUUGGGAGAAGGAGUUGAACUUGUAACAGCAACGUGCAAGCUCCUUUUUAAUCUCGUAAAAGAUCGGAACGUAGCGGAGAUUUACAGCGAUUUUGCAUCGUUCUGGAAAAUGUUGACGACCGACAAGGAAUUAAAUUCGAUAGGACCGGAGUGUGAUGUGAGACACAUAGCCACAGCAGUUAUCGUAAACGCAUUGUGGGAUCUAUGGGCGCGUAUCGAAGGUAAACCCGUAUGGAAACUUCUUACGGACAUGACACCCGAGCAACUCGUAUCCACAAUAGACUUUACACACAUUUCUCGCACUGUAACUAAAGAAGAGGCAAUAGACAUGCUCAGGAAACGAGAGGCGCGUAAAAAGAAACUUGAGGAAGAGAUACAGAAAACAGGAUAUCCCGCAUACGUGGCAGACGGAUGGACGGAUUAUCAGUAUUCGCAAGUUUACAAUUUUUGCAAACGUUACGUAAAAAGCGGAUUUAACGUAUUCAAAGUGGAUAUAGAUAAUGACGAGGAGAGACUGCCUGCGGUGAAUAUGCAAUCCUGUAUCUUAACGAGGAAAGUUAUAGGCUGGAAAAAUAGAAAACUAAUAGCGCACAUAAAUGAAACACUACCGAAUCGGGCAAUGGCGUUCACUAUAGUAAAAACAAUAAGUUCGCGUAUAUAUACACAACGAAACCAAAACGGAAUACUUCGACCUUUUUGUAUAGAAAAUGCGAUAUCUUCUGACGACGUGCUGGAAUGUUUUUAUUUGAAAAGUCAGAUCAAACACUGCAUCUCAUUAUGUGUCGGUGAAAUGUGCUCGAAUUGCGUCGUAGCCAUGCAACUGCUCAGACUGAUGAUACCCGAUUUUUGGCACAUGAACGUAACAAGAAUGGCUGGUGUUAACGAAGCCUUAGCUGUAUAUUUUCUGGCGGAGAAGACAAAAACUCCAGUCUGGGGAUACGGUAACGGAGCAGGUUUAGGUGAGAUGAUUCAACACCUUCAAACAUGGGACUAUAUCUGUUUAAGUCAAACUACUGACCAACAAUUAAUACAAUUUGUGGAUCAACUACACGGGUAUUUCGAAAGGCCGGUAUUCGUUCAAAACGGCAAGUACAUGCCAUCCAAAUUUCCUGGAUAUUCAACUAAGCUUAAGGAUAAGUGUAUUUCGAGAUGGUCCUAUCCGAACGGAACGCGAUGGAAAUAUUUGCUUCGAACAGGGAAUCUACGUUCAUCAACAAAAUCGGUUCCUCAAAGAGAUUUUCCUACGUUCGUCAAGGAAAAUAUUUUGUUCGUAGGACAAAAUAUUCCAUCAUCAUCUCAUAGCACAACUGACUUAUAAUCUAUUUUGCUGACAAUUUAUUAAAUAUAGUUAUUACUGGAAGAGAAAAAUAUACACAUAAGAAUAUUACGCGAGGAACGAUUGAAUUAACAGUCGUGUACAGUCGUGAUCUAGAGUGGUUUAAGAAAAUGCGUUUUAUGUGAAAAUAAGUUUUUUAUGAAUAAAUAAUUUUCAAUAGAUAAAGCACUAUAAAAAAUAUUCCGACAGCGAUUGAAAUGUGAAAUGUUGUAAGAAUGAUAUUUCGUGGUUCCAAUCGACACCUCAGUUGUGAUCAUUUGAGACUGUUCAAUACAUCAUAUUUCGACUUUGUGUAGAUAUAAAUAUAUAUAUAUAGUAUAUACUAUUACAUGUGUAUAUUACUUGUGGAAAACAAAAAGAGGCUUGUCGAAAUAUUUUGUGACUGUCUUCUAUCGAUUGCAAGUGAAUUUUGCACGAAUUCUAGACCUAUAUCUUUUUUACGCUUCUGACAUUUUUCGUUCAAUCAUUCAACAUGAUUCUUGCCGCAAUCUUUGAAAUUGCAAGAUAUGCAAAAUUCAUAUAAGAAACUUAUUAAAUCACAUUCUUCUCUC